CCAGCCUGGUGAGCAUGAAUGUGUCGAGCAUUGCAAAGUUGUUGGAUAGUUUGCUGAUAGUUUGACAGGCAUUUUUGUCAAAGUACAGCGGUAACACAUUUGUUUGGACGUUGUCCAGACGUUAGAGCUGCUAAGUGUAUUUCACAGGAGGCUGCUAGCUUGUUUUUUAACGUUUAAACGUGAUGCUAGCAGCUAGCUUGUGAUGCUAAAUAACAGUUGAGACAAGCCAGGGCAGACACACACACACACACUGACACAGGAGUCUGUCUGAUACAGACACUGAAUAUUUAGUUAGAUAUCUGGGGUAAGAUUGUCCUGAUAACAAAGUCUAUGAUGGGCAUGACCUCUCGAAUAGAGUGUAUAUUUUUCAGUGAGUUUCAUCCCACCCUGGGUCCAAAGAUAACAUAUCAGGUCCCGGAGGAAUACAUUUCUCGGGAGCUCUUUGACACAGUUCAAGUUUAUAUUAUCACCAAGCCAGAACUGCAAAACAAACUGAUAACAGUCACUGCCAUGGGCAAAAAGUUGAUUGGCUGUCCUGUGUGCAUUGAGCAUAAAAAGUACAGCAGAAACGCCCUUCUGUUUAACCUUGGCCUUGUUUGUGACGCACAAACCAACACGUGUGCCCUUGAGCCGAUUGUCAAGAAGCUGUCAGGGUACCUCACAACUCUGGAGCUGGAGAGUGGCUUCAUAUCCAAUGAGGAGAGCAAGCAGAAACUCUUACCCAUCAUGUCGACCUUGUUAGAGGAACUUAAUGCCACGGGAGCCUGCUCCUUACCCAUAGACGGAUCCAACACCAUCCACUUAAAGUUGAUCCAUCUGCGAAAGGAUCCUCCUAUCGUUCAAGAGUACGAUGUGCCUGUCUUCACCCAGUGCAAAGACCACUUCAUCAAAUCUCAGUGGGAUCUCACCACACAACAGAUCCUGCCCUACAUUGAUGGGUUCAGACACAUCCAGAAAAUCUCAGCUGAAGCGGAUGUUGAGCUGAAUCUUGUUCGCAUUGCGGUACAGAAUCUCCUGUAUUACGGUGUCGUGACCUUGGUGUCAAUAUUUCAGUUUGGUGAUCGUCUUUUUACCUCCCUCCAGUACUCCAAUGUGUACUGCACCACCCCCAAAGUCCAGAGCCUCAUAGACGACAAGUCCAUCCAGGAGGAAUGCCUCAACUACGUCACUAAGCAGGGCCAGAAGCGUGCCAGUCUGAGGGAUGUGUUCCAGCUGUACUGUGGUCUGAGUCCAGGGACCACAGUCCGAGACCUUUGUUCUCGCUACUCGCAGCAGCUUCAAAGGGUAGAUGAGAGGAGGCUGAUCCAGUUUGGACUGAUGAAGUCUCUAAUUCGACGGCUGCAGAAAUACCCUGUGAAGGUGAUCCGUGACGAGAGGAGCAGGCUGCCUCGACUCUACACCGGUUGCCAUAGUUAUGAUGAGAUCUGCUGCAAGACAGGGAUCAGUUACCAGGAGCUGGACGAACGUUUGGAAAAUGACCCCAACAUCGUGGUGUGCUGGAAGUGACAUGAACUGACAACAGACUGAAAGAUACAGAGAUGCCUCAACCAAAGAUGCCUUCAGUGACAGGAGGAGUUUUCAUAGUGAAAGUGAAGUAGUGUUUUGUAAUUUUUAUGUUAGUGGUUUUUUUUAAACAUCUCAUCAAGAAGUAGCACAUUUCUGUUUAGGUCAGUGAGGAAGGAGAUAUUUAUUAAUAUUGUACAAAGUUUGUGAUUAAUAAAAGAGAUUAUACCACAA